UAAAUUAACAUAGCUAUCUACUUGUAUCCACUUUAACUGUAAUAAAACGGUACUACUAUGCACUAAGUGGUCUAACCUGUUGGAACAAACCAUGAAGGUAACUCUUGCCCUGGUCAUUUUUUCCGUCUUGAUCGGACCCACUUACCUACAGUUGGACUUUUUAAGUAAAACACUGCGUACUUAUCAAUUUCUGAUUUUCAAUUUUGCUAAAUUGAGACUCCUGGGUGUUAUCAAUCCUAGUAUAAACGGAACGACUUGUGCCGAAGACUUGAAACUAUUUAUGGAUGCCGCGUUUAAAGCAGAGUGGUGGGCGGUAAAAAUGUUGGACGCCAGCGGAAAAUUCAAUCCAGGAGUACUUCAAGGAAAUAUGAAAUUCUUGGGAAGUUACGACCAAUGUCUUGGGCUUCAAAAGGACCAAGCAGGGGUUGGUUUAGACACUCAGUACUGCACCAUGCUGUUGAAACCCGACAAAAAUUUGGAAGAUUUUUUGUACCGCAAUGUGAUCAAAGCAAAAGCAAAUAAAAGACUCAUGAGUACCGAUCUUUUCAAAGAGUACGCCGUCAUAGAGUUCGGGCUUUGCAUACCAAAAUCGUGUACUAUGGACGAUUUAACCAAUCUGUGGAAGCGUUUCCAGGUUCUGUACCAGGCGCCAGGGUACUCCGAAUUUUCAGACAAAUUGUGCUACUCUAAAAACAAAAAGGUGGUUCCAAGCAAAUUCGACAUUUACGUUUUUUGGUUUUUUGGUGUCACCUUGUUCGUAGAAUUAGCUUGUACGGUCUACGAUUUAUACACACGUAGUCAACCACGAAGACUCGACAUUUUGGUCAACUUUUCGUUGUACACCAACGCCAAGAGACUCAUGUCGAGGAAUUAUGAAAACGAAACUCUGACUUGUUUGUAUGGGCUUAGAUCAUUCUGUAUUAUAUGGGUGAUUCUCGGUCAUAUAAUGCUUAAUAAGAGUCUUACGUCAACGAAUGUGUUGCAAAUGACCACAGAAUGGAUGGGUCGUCUAGAAAAUGCGUUUUUCCUCGGUAGUGUCUAUGCCGUAGACACAUUUCUCACGAUUAGUGGCCUUCUGGUUGUCUACGUCUACCUCGACUAUUCCGACAAAUACAAACUCAAUUUUUCACUGGUUUAUGGUCAUCGGAUUUUGAGAUUGACACCCGCUUUACUAGCCACAGUUUUGCUGGAAAUGAGCGUCGUUAAGUACUUUAUCCAAGGUCCAUUGGCUUUUCCAUACCUGACCACCAUGGCAACAAACUGUGAAAAAAGGGGUGUGGAUACUUUGUUCUUUGUCAGCAACGCUGUAGAACGUGACGAACGAGUACGUCGCAACUUGAAUCAUCUCGUUUUUGACCUUUUUUUCCAGUGUUUGCGUCAAUCUUGGUAUGUAUCUGUGGACAGCCAGUUGUACCUUCUGACUCCAUUUAUGGUAUUCUGCUUCAAAAGACAACCGGGAAAAACCUUCUUCGGAGUCGUCGUUGUUUGCCUGUGCUCCUUCGUCUACACUUGGAUGACUGUCAUUAAAAACAACAUAGGUUCUUUGUUGUUCAUUGACAAUAAUUCAGAAAUGGUGUACUUUUCACCUCUGUGUCGUAUCCCAGUUUGGUUAAUCGGAACGUGUUUAGGUUAUGUUCUAUACAGACACAACCACCAAAAGAUAUCCAUUCCUAAGAGAGUCAAUUAUGUGUUGUGGAUUCUGUCCAUGACUGUCAUAAUAAUUCUUACGAUGUAUCAGACAGUUCUAGUGAGAGAAGCACACAACGUUUAUCGUUCUGCCUUUUCUAACACAUUCUGUAAACCUUUGUGGGCCCUAGCUAUAGGUUUCAUCAUUCUUAGUUGUUGCACAGGACAUUCUGACCCUGUAAACACCUUUCUGUCUCAUCCUGUAUUUAUGCUCAUCGGCAAACUGUCAUACAGUAUUUAUUUGAUUCAUUUAACAGUUAUUCAUGUCAUUGUCGCCAACAAACAACAAACCGAUUAUUUCAGCACCUUCGGACUCUUGUUUGAUUUUUGGGGCUACUUCGUUUAUAUUCUGAUCAGUGCCACUGCACUGUGUCUAGUCUUUGAGACUCCAACUGUAUCUAUUCUGAGGUACCUUGAAACGUAUGUGGCAAACAUGAAAAAGAAAAAGACGUGAAGAAGUUAAUAAAACGAUAUAAAAUUUAGAA